GGUGGGGACCACGUGCGUGUGAUCACUAUCUUCUUUAUUAUCUUUUUCUUUUAAGUAUUCAUUAUCAGCGAGAGAUAACGCUCUCAUUUAUUACGGCCUCUGGCUCGGGCUGCGUUCAAGUGGAAACGUUUCAUCUACGCCGGUUUGCAACAUUUCACAGCUGAAUUUAAAUUGUGUUCACAUUUACAGCCGCGCUUCCAAUGUGGGUGUCGUCUAAAUGUUACUUGAAGGCGACAGUGUCGCAGGAAACAUCAAGUGUUUGCAACAGCACAUCCAAAGGAAAAAAAUGUCUCCACUGCUGUUUAAAAACGUUUCCGUACGUUGUGACAGCUCUGAACGCGACCCCUGGAGUCGGGUUUCAGCGGAGACAACAAUAGAGAAGAAGUGUCCAGCAGGGUUUAUGCAUUACAAGACAGUACCUCAGCGGAGGCAGCAGAUGUGUAGAAGAAAGGACAUCGACUCUGUAGAAAGACAAUCAUGGCAGUGGAUGUCCCUGGACUGGUGGCCGUGGUGGUUUUUUAUAUUGUCAUCCUUAUAAUUGGAGUCUGGGCAUCUUGGAAAUCCAAGAAAGUGGAGAAGACAUGUGCUGGAAGCAAGAGCGAAGUUACCAUCAUCGGUGACCGGAACAUCAAUGUCCUAGUCGGGGUUUUCACCAUGACAGCAACAUGGGUCGGUGGAGGAUAUAUUAUGGGAACUGCUGAGGCUGUUUAUUCUCCUACGCAAGGUCUUAUUUGGGCUAUGGGACCUCCUGCAUAUCUUAUCAAUUUUCUUUUGGGAGGACUAUUUUUUGCGAAACCUAUGAGAUCGAAGCGCUACGUGACCAUGUUGGACCCGUUUCAGCAUCGCUAUGGCAACAUGUUCACCGCAACACUAUUGCUCCCUGCUUUGGUCAGUGAUAUUUUGUGGGUUGCCUGCAUCCUUGCUGCCCUGGGAGGAACGAUGAGCAUAAUUCUUGGGUUGUCGUCUGCCCUCUCCAUCGUUAUCUCGGCAGCUGUCUCCAUCACCUAUACAUUUCUAGGGGGUCUCUACUCUGUUGCAUAUACUGAUAUCAUCCAGCUCUCCUUCAUCUUUGUCAGCAUGUGGCUCUGUAUUCCCUUUUUGGCACUCAGUCCUGCAGUUACUGACAACUCACCAACAGCCCAUCUCAACCAAACAAAUAGCCACUCGUGGCUAGGAGAGCUGGAGCUGGCAAAUGCCGGAAAAUGGGCAGAUGAGAUGCUGUUAUUGGCUUUAGGGGGGCUGGCUUAUCAAGCACUGUACCAGAGGAUCCUCUCUGCAGCCUCCUCUGCUCAGGCUCAGGUCACCUGCUUUGCUGCUGCCGGGACAGUUUUUAUUAUGGGAGUCCCCUCAGUGAUCAUUGGAGCAGUGGCUGCCACUGCAGACUGGAACCAGACAGCGUAUGGUCUACCCCCUCCUUUUGAACGAGGGGAGGCAGGGAAGAUCCUGCCGCUGGUCCUGCAAUACCUCACACCCACCUGGGUAUCAGUGUUAGGCAUUGGUUCUGUGGCAGCAGCAGUUAUGUCCUCCAUGGACUCUGUGCUGCUGUCCUCAGCAUCCAUGUUUACACAAAACAUUUACAAGACGACUUUGAGGAAGCAGGCCUCAGAGCAGGAGCUGCAGUGGGUGAUCCGUGUUAGCUUGCUGCUGGUGGGCCUGGCAGGCACAGGCCUGGCCUUUGGUGGUGACAGCGUGUUUGCCUUCUGGCUGGUAAGCGGUGACCUCCUGUACUGCUUGAUCUUCCCACAGCUCGUCUGUGUGCUGCACUUGCGCUGUGCUAAUACCUACGGCGCUAUCAGCGGCUACGUAGCUGGGCUGCUGUUGCGUUUGGUGAGCGGGGAGCCGUCACUUGGGAUCCCUCCUCUCCUACUGUAUCCUGGCUGGAAGGAGGAAAACGGAGUCAUCACACAGUAUUUUCCCCACAGGACUGUGUCCAUGCUUUCCUCUGCGAUAUGUGUUAUUACAGUAUCCUGGCUGGUGGAUCUAGGCUUCUGUCACCAACUAAUUCCUCAUUCAUGGGAUUUACUGGGGGUUUUUGAAGAGAGAAAAGAAGCAGAGGUGGAGGAAGUACCUGUUCCUCAUGAGGAAAAGAGCAGUAUUCUUAAUACAAAAUUCUAGGCUUAACUUCAGUACAACCUCAGCCAAAGUAUACUUAAACCUCUUUUUAUGCAAAUUCCUACCAACAUUCUUCUCUGCACAGACUCCUUAUGCACAAUCCUACAUGUACUGUAGAUACACGUGUUUAAUACUGAUUUAUAUAUGCUUUAUACGCACAAACCUCUGACCAGCAGUAUAUGGAGACUGAUUCAGGGGGGCAGUUGAGACUUGGUGUCUCCUAGAACAGAAUGAAGGCCACAUAUGAGGACCUGAUCUUAAAGGUGCUAUAAAUACAUUUUUUGCUAUUGGCACAUAGCCACCAUUAGCAUUAAUAGCUGUUAACUUACCAGUCUAGAAGAUACAUUGUGAGUUCAGCAUCAUACUUAAUUUCCUUCACCAACACCUGUCUCUAGUGGUGGAUAGCAACGUCAGUUGCAACUUUGUUUUGCAUCUAUUUCUCUCACUUCUUUUCUGCUACUGAAGUUAGCAUGCUAACCGGCUAGCCACAGCCCAUCCUGUCUCAUAAUACUGCUUUGCGAUAGUGAGUCGCUGUAGCAUCCAGUCUGCUCUCAGUCCAACAUGAAAGGAUUAAGAAGUAGCACUGCCCAGUGGGUGUAUUCUAACCACUUGUCUUGUAAACAAAAUAAUGGCUGAAAGUCUUGGUAAGUAAACCACAGUUAAUGCUAACAGUGGCUAUGCAGUAAUAGCAAAAAUUUACAUAUAGCACCUUUAAUGUUAGAAUUCACUUUUUCAUACAGUCGUAAUCCUCUGAAAAUGAACCCAUUUCUUUAGUUGCUUAUCACAUGUAACACAAACUCUUUAAUAGUUUCUCAAUCAAGUCUCCCCUCAAACCUUCAGUAAGUUAAACUGUACCCAGAUUGUGUUAUUUAAUGUGUGUAAUCAUUCAUUACCUUCUAAGAAGCAGUUUUUUCUCCUUAAACACUCAGGAGACAAAGCUAUUGGAGAUGCAAUACUUGAGACGUUGAGGUUGAGUGUUCCUCAGAAACAAAUUGUUUAGCAGGAGGCGCCUGCUGGUAGAAGUGUUUGUUAUUAUUUUACAUUUAAAGGGAUCACCAUUGAAGGACCAUAAAGAUAUAGAAUUAUUCUUAUCAUUUUUAGAUGUUUUUUGAUUGCAAGUGUGCAUAAAAAAGAUAUAUGUCUCUGAUCUUUGCAUCUGAUUGAAUCAGUUUCUUUUUGUGUGCUUGUGUGUGAAAGAGAGAGAAGACAAAGAAAUACUUGUACCAGAGCACAAGCCACAUACUGUGAAUGUUAUUUAAAUUACUGUGCAUAGAGUGCCAACACAACUUUUGCCACUUUACCUAAACAAACUUUUGUAAAUACAGAUUUCAGUUACACCACCUAAAAGAAUUCGCCGUUGUUGCCUUUACAGCAAUGAUCAGUCUUUUUGCUACAAUAAUCUUUUACAUGCAGUAUAUUUUAACUACAAUGCAGCUGCAGUGCAGCAGUUGCAGCAGCAGAGGGCGACACCGAAACACUGAAAGGACCUAAACAGCCUGAACCAGGAUGACUCCUCAAGAGGUGAGAUUUUUUUUUAGAAAAAAGAAGAAAAAAUAUAUAUAUUAUACAAAACUGCUGUUCGAAAAUAUAAAUAAAUAAAGAUAAAAAAUGGUGCCUUUGAGUUUGCAUCCAUUUUUAGCACGAGGGAAGAUGCAGUCUAGUCUUUUACACUUACUUGGCAGCUCAUUUCACCCCAACAACAGACCAGUAGACUGAUGACUUUAAAUCUUAUACGUGAGUAUUACCUAACCCAAGUUUAACUAGAGUUUUUUUUUUCAUUCUUACCGCAUAAAUUAUGUACCAAACACCAGCUAUUCGCUCCAUUUACACGCUGCUUUCGUCUUUGCACAUGUAUUUAUCGUAUUUGAAAUUCAGCUUCAAAAACGUUUAAUGUAAAUGAACAAAUAAAAGGCCUCGUCUGAAUUAA